GAAAGGUCAUAUCGAGCGAUCCUAAGCACUUGACGUAGCGGGAUAUUCGGUAAUUAUUGGCAUUUACGUAUGCGUGGAAUUUCCUUUGUGGAUUGUGGAUGGCGCUCUUUUCGUUGGUAGCUUGAAUCGAUGUUCCUCUCCCACGGUUUGUAAGUUGCUCGCCUGGAUGACCGAUCGCGGCCAUGAAAGCUGACCAACAAGCCUCCUCGCUCGCCGCGAAGCCGUCCCCUCUGAACGCGGGCCUCCUGAUGGCCCCCGCAGCAGCCGCUGCCACCACGGGAGCCCUGCCCAAACCCAACCUGCAGCACAGACGGGCCGGCUCCACGGGAACCACCGGCGACGAGUCGGGCACCACCGACGACGAAGACGUCGACGAGCCGGACAUCACCAUCAGGGAUCACGUGACGCGGCGGCUGUUCGACGAUGCGGGGGCGUUCGGGUCCUAUUCGGACAUCGCCACCAUCACUGACAAGGUCGGCCACCUAAGAGUGACGCACCUGAACAGCUCUGACAGUUCAAUGUGCAGCGACAAGUCUCCCGAAGACGUCAUCAAAGACAGCGGUGCCAGCGGCAGCGAUCACGUGGACUGGGCGGGGCCUACGUUAGUCGAGAUGAAGGAGCAGGCGUUCCUCAGGCUGCAGAGCGAGCUGAAGGACGCCAACCAGGAGCUGAAGCUGCGCGACCAGGAGCUGGGCAGGCUCAGCAGGAUGCGGCAGGACGUCGAGGCUGAGUUGGAAGAUUUGACGGCUAGUUUGUUUCAGGAAGCACACAAUAUGGUGCGUGAGGCGAAUGAAAAACAGGCGGCAGCCGAAAAAGCUCUCAAGGAGAGCCAGAUGAAGGUUGACGUUCUGACGGCCGAGGUGGCAGCUCUAAAAACUCUGGUCCUAACAUCGACUCCCAGCUCCCCUAACCCGCAUCUGCAUCCGCAAAUUGGUGCUUUCAAAGAUGAACCUGGUGCUGCCAUCUUCGCAAAACGACACCGCCGGUCACCCUCCCACUUCAACCUCAAGUACGGCAGGGAGAUCUCCCCUCCGGACUCCCCUGUGAAAGAGGUCGUGCACAUCGCCAGCGAGGUGGAGGCCAAGGAGGGAUUAGAGGUCGAUCCGGUGAUUCACAAAGAGUUCCUUACGUGGCGCCAGAAACCGGUAUUGGAGAAGAGCGAACCAUUCAUCCAACGAAUCUACAUCGAAGACAUCCACUUGUGCUUGCGCUUCAACAACGAGGAUUUGUCACGGAAGGUCGGCAGCGCCGUGGAAUCGGGCACCAUCCUCGUAGAAGCUGUCGGUGACAAAACGAAAGCUAUGUUCCCUAAAAAAUGCGCACUAAUGGAAGUCCCAAGGUUAUGUUUUUAUAGAAUGAAUAUUGGUGAAACCGAUAACUGGUACAGCAUAUCACAAAUAUGUCGAAAUAGGAUAAUUGCUGUCUGUGAUUUUUUAAAUUAUCUCAAAUAUAUCGAACGAGGAUUAGUAAAAAGCUCUGCACAUGACGUUUACUGGGAGAUCGUUAGAUUGCGUAAAAAUAUGGCCCUUGCGAGACUUGGUCUCACACUGUCAUAAACUCGUCUCAUUUAUUUAAGUACUCAUUUUUUAUGUGCCAAACUGAAUCUCUAUGAAUAAGGAUCUGAUGAUACAAAAACCAAAGACUAAUGUUUAAGUUUUGAAUUUUAUAUUUUAUUGGGAGUACAUUUGAAGGUAUUUUUUAAUUAUACAAUAUUGCUCUGAACUUGUUGUAAUAAUAUUUGAUUGAAAAUGGGACCUACGAUCAAAACUUGAAAUUCUUGUAUAUACUCAUAGCUUGUAGGACUGUUAUCUGAUUCUGAAGAGCAAUAUAACGAAAAUUGAAAAGAUACCUACCGAGAUAUUAUUGAAAUUUUUAUGAAGAGAUAUUAUUUGUAUUUGAAUAUUUAUGUAUCCAGUGUUUAAAAUGAUUCUUUGUCAGACAGAUCAAAUAAAUGAAUUCACAGAUUU